AUGGAUCCACGACCGGCCUUCGAUUUCGAUCUGAACGAGCUGCCGCCUCCGGACGAUGGCUUCACCUUCACGGUCGAUGCCCAGACGGCCCGUGAACCCUCGCCGUCGCCUCUGGACGACGGCGUCACGGAGGAUGCCUUGAUGGCGCGUGAACCCUCACCGCCGCCUCGGGGCGACGCCUCAGUGGCGCGUGAACCCUCGCCGCCGCCUCGGGGCGACGCCUCAGUGGCAAGUGAACCCUCGCUGCCGCCUCGGGGUGACGCCUCAGCGGCGCGUGAACCCUCGCCGUCUCCUCCGCCGCAAGACGACGGCAUGGGUGAUGAUGCCACGCCGGAGAUGUUAGACCUGGACUGCUCGGUUUCUCUCGUGUGCGAUGACGACGAUGAGGAGGAGGAGGAGGGUGAGAUCGGAUCGGAGCCGCCGUCGCCCUGUGAGUCCGACGCCGCGCGCUCGGCCUCGCCAACACGCUCGCCCUCGCCGGCGAAGAUGGAGAGAAGCUGCUCUCCCUCUUAUCCUGCCGAGGUGUCCGUCGCUGGACCCACCGCGCAGGCGUGCAGUCAGGCCGGCGUCGACAGGCCGACGGCGCGCCUAUCGUCUUGCGUCGUCGUGAAUGGCGCGGCCCCGUUCUCUCCGAGCGUGGAAACGAACCCGCCGCCUCCGACUCUUCCGCCGCCGUCGCCGUCAGGGUCAUCGCCAUCGCGCGCUCACGCCAAGGCGACAAGCGACACGUCGUCGUCAGACCUGUCACGGCGCCUGAAGCGGCCAUUCGUGCGCCGUGACGUAGCUACCUCCAACCACCCCGGCAACUACGACGUGGCCUCGCACGGAGAGAGGCGGCCCACUCCGCCCGGUUACCCGCUCCGCCGCGACGAGGGGGGCCGGAGAAGCUAUGGGCCAGCAAUGCGUGAUCGGCAAGCGCCUCGAAGGUAUGAGCCGUACAAUGAUCAUGAUCAGAAGGCAGUGCGCCAUCAGCAGGCGCCUCGAAGGUACGAGCCGUACAACGAUCAUGAUCAGCAGGCAAUGCGCCAUCAGCAAGCGCCUCGAAGAUACGAGCCGUACAAUGAUCACGAUCAGAAGGCAAUGCGCGAUCAGCAGGCGCCUCGAAGGUUCAAACCGUUCAAUGAGCAUGAUCAGGGGCGACGGGGAUACCAUGGCGACGAAAGGCAGCAGGAUUAUCGAGCUCAACGUGGCUACGGCGCGCCAAAUUUUCCGACGCAACAGGGUAAUUCUUAUCCUUUAAAGCAGUUCGCCGGGCCACGCCGCAGGGAGGAUGGCUCUUACGGCGGCCGGCGUGUCCCGGCGGAAGAAGCUCAGAACGGCGGGUAUCGUCGGGAGCGUAUUCCGGCGGAAGAAGUUCAGAACGGCGGGUAUCGUCAGUACACGGAGCCGCCUCGUGUACACUUUCGUCCUCCUGCAGCACAGCCUUACUAUCAGCAGAGGGAGCCGCCUCGGGCGCAGUUUCCUUCUCCUGCGGCCGUCAAGGAUGCACUUGCUCGACGCCCGGAAGUCGACCGGGGAUUUGGACCUGUGCAGAAGAAGCAGAAGAGGGACGAUUCGCCCCAAGACGACUGCCUGCCUCUGAAGAAGCAGUGGACCAAGAAGCACCAAGCCCUGGACAUGGACUCGACGCUGAAGAACUGGAUCCCAAGGGCCCGGCGAACCCGGGAAAACUGGUGCGAGUACCACCACAGCGGCAACCACGGCGCAGCCCAGUGCCGUCGACUGAAGCAGCUGAAGCAAAUCAUCCAGAGGGAGCUGGCGGAUGCGAGCAAGGAAGACGACCCACCCAAGGGGCUGCUCCAGGAGGUUAUACAGAUUGAGGGGGAGCCAUUCAAGGCGAUCGCCGACGGCUCCAAUUCCGACUCCAGGUAG